UUAUUCCCUGCUACUGUAGUCGUCGGUUAACAUGCAAAUUCUAGCUUGCAUCCUGUACAAGUACGAGCCGGACAAGGCUACUGAGAUAUCGACAUUCUAUGACCUGCACAAAAUAUCAUAUUUCCAGCGGAAAACUGUAAAGGAGUUCAUCAAAUUUCACGCUCGAGCGAUCGUCUCCCGAACUGCCAAGGGACAGAGGCAGAGCGUUCAGUUCGAACAGAACAUCGGCAAGUGUCAUGUAUACGUCGCUCCGGAUGGCUUAGGGGCUGCAUGCCUCACAGACGGGGAGUAUCCUAUGCGCGUUGCUUUCGCGUUCAUCAGUGAGUUGAUGCGAGGGUUCGAGACGAAGCAUCCAGUAGUCGAGUGGACGAAUGUUAGGAAAGAUACCAAAAUUGACUAUCCUGAGGGUGAUGAACUGAUGGAGAAGUUCCAGGAUCCAAGCCAGGCUGAUAAGAUCGCCCAGAUUCAGAAGGAGCUGGACGAUGUUAAGGGCGUCGUCAUCAAGAGCAUGGACGACGUAUUGCGAAGGGGAGAGACUUUGGACAGUCUGAUGCAGAAGUCUAAUGACCUCAGCAACACCUCAUACCAGUUCUACCGUACUGCGAAGAAGAACAAUCAGUGCUGCAAAUAUUACUAGGUCACAGUCUUUCUGUAUAACUACACUCCUUCUGGUAUC